CUGUAUCUUUGCAGACCUCAGGAAAACACUCAGCCUUCAUCACCACAAACACAAUGGCAGAUGCAAGCUUUAAGCAGGAGUUCCUGGAAACCCACAACGCCUACAGGGCAAAGCACGGUGCGCAGCCGUUGACCUAUAAUAGUGAGCUGAACGCUGCAGCUCAGAAGUGGGCUGAUCACCUGCUUCAAAUCGGCUCCAUGAAACACAGCAAGACGGAGGACAGCGAGAUGAAGGACGGAGAGAACAUCUUUAAUAUGUGGAGCUCUGCACCCCUUAAACUGACAGGAAAAGAAGCUGUUGAGUCAUGGUACAAUGAGAUCAAGGAUUACAACUGGAGCAGGCCUGGAUACAGUGGCAGUACUGGUCAUUUUACUCAGGUAGUGUGGAAAGAAAGCACUGAACUGGGUGUGGGCCUGGCCACUGAUGGCAACAAAGUCUUUGUGGUUGGGCAGUACCGGCCAGCUGGUAACAAGAACAUGCCGGGAUACUUUGAGAAAAACGUCCUCCCACAAGGCAAGGGCUGGCUGUCUGUCUCCUCCUAUAUGAAAAUGAGGAGGGAGUUAGAGGUCCAACUCAUGCAUAUAAAUACAGGCUCCAAGACAGCUAGAGGAACUGUAUCUUUGCAGACCUCAGGAAAACACUCAGCCUUCAUCACCACAAACACAAUGGCAGAUGCAAGCUUUAAGCGGGAGUUCCUGGAAACCCACAACGCCUACAGGGCAAAGCACGGUGCGCAGCCGUUGACCUAUAAUAGUGAGCUGAACGCUGCAGCUCAGAAGUGGGCUGAUCACCUGCUUCAAACCGGCUCCAAUGAACACAGCAAGAGCGGAGAGAACAUCUUUAAUAUGUCGAGCUCUGCACCACUUAAACUGACAGGAAAAGAAGCUGUUGAGUCAUGGUACAAUGAGAUCGAGAAAUACAACUGGAGCAGGCCUGGAUUCAGUGGCAGUACUGGUCAUUUUACUCAGGUGGUGUGGAAAGAAAGCACUGAACUGGGUGUGGGCCUGGCCACUGAUGGCAAAAAAGUCUUUGUGGUUGGGCAGUACCGGCCACCUGGUAACAUGACCAUGCCGGGAUACUUUGAGAAAAACGUCCUCCCACAAGGCUCCAAGACAGCUAAAGGAACUGUAUCUUUGCAGACCUCAGGAAAACACUCAGCCUUCAUCACCACAAACACAAUGGCAGAUGCAAGCUUUAAGCGGGAGUUCCUGGAAACCCACAACGCCUACAGGGCAAAGCACGGUGCGCAGCCGUUGACCUAUAAUAGUGAGCUGAACGCUGCAGCUCAGAAGUGGGCUGAUCACCUGCUUCAAAUCGGCUCCAUGAAACACAGAAAGACGGAGGACAGCAAGAUGAAGGACGGAGAGAACAUCUCUGAAAUGUCGAGCUCUGCACCCCUUAAACUGACAGGAAAAAAAACUGUUGAGUCAUGGUACAAUGAGAUAAAGGAUUACAACUGGAGCAGGCCUGGAUACAGUGGCAAUACUGGUCAUUUUACUCAGGUAGUGUGGAAAGAAAGCACUGAACUGGGUGUGGGCCUGGCCACUGAUGGCAAAAAAGUCUUUGUGGUUGGGCAGUACCGGCCAGCUGGUAACAAGAACAUGCCGGGAUACUUUGAGAAAAACGUCCUCCCACAAGCUGGAAGAGAGGCUGGUGGAACAGACAACACCUCCAAUGAGACAGCUGGAGUGAGCCCAAGAAAAAUCUGCACGCUGCUGUAGAAGACCUGGACCAUUCCUGCAACCAUCAGACCCACAUUACUAAA